AUGUCCCAAACCACCAUCAUCAACCCCAACACUGUCGGCGGCAUGUGUGCCCAGACCUCUCCAUCAGCCUCCGGCGAGGGACAUUAUCUCAUCCUUCGCGGUGACGAUUCCGCCAACAAGCAGAUCAAUCCUGACACUAGCCAGGACGGGCCCCUGAAGGCGUCGUUCAAGAAGGCCCUUACCAAGACCCGCAAGCAGAUGGCCCACGUCUGGCAGUCUGUGAAGGCCCUUUUCAACAAGGCUCUCACCAAGACACGCAACCAGAUGGCCCGCAUCUUCUCCGUGCAGAAUGUAGAGAAGGCCGUCACCUUCUACGAGGAGAAGGGCAACGACGUGGGCGCCGCAUGCAAGACGGCCGGCUGCAACAUCUACAAGCGGGCGGCCAUCCCCAGCAAGAGCGUCACCAACCAGAGGUCCACUGCCGAUACCAUCACAGCACCCGGUGGCAAACGCAGUACUAAGUCCCGGGUCGCCAAGAAGGCCAAGAUUGCUGUGUGCACCGUCGUCAAUGCUGUCCGUAUCGGCUGUGCCAGCGCUAAACUGGGCCUCGACGCCGCCCUUGGUGUUUUCGAGGCCGCAGGUGCUGUGGUCCUGUAUGCUCUCGAUCAAUUCGACGACGAGGAGUGA